AUGUUUGGACUUGGUACCGAAGGAAUCGUAAAAAAAUAUCAAACCGAUUUAAAAACCUAUAUUCCACCAAAUAUGUCACAUACGGCAUUUGAUAAAAAUAUGAAGAAAAAUCGUUACAAAGAUGUCAUAUGCCUUGAUAAGACACGUGUUGUAUUGCAAAAUGGAGAAUCUGACUAUAUUCACGCAAAUCACGUUAAAGGCGAUCCAUUCCUAAAUCCAUUCAUUUGUACUCAGGGACCAAUGCAAAUAACAGUAAAUGAUUUCUGGAUUAUGAUAAUGCAAGAAAAAGUAAGUAAUAUUAUUAUGUUAUGUAAUGUUCGUGAAGAAGGCAAAAAUAAAUGUUUUCAAUAUUGGCCACAAGAUGUUGGUUCAUCGCUUACAUUCGGAGGUUAA